UUUCCGCUUUCUACUUCCGCUUAUGUUGCGCGCGACCAUACGGCUUCCGAUAUUUUUUUUCCGAAGCACUGAACGCACUGAAGACUUAACGCAGCGCGUCCCAUCCCCGCGUUACUGGAAUAAAACAGCUUUAAUUAAGUAUUCAUGUCCAUAUACAGCCGUCCAGGCGCACUUUAAAGCUUCCCGAGAUAGCUUAGCUUAGCCUGGGAGCUGCGACCAACACGACGCAGAACCUUUCCACACAAUCGCCCGGAAGAGAUCAAGAGUGCGUUUAAAGUGUAAUUAUCGUGUGAAAAUGUGUGCAAAACGUGCGAAAGAACAUUUCAACGAACUUCCUCGAAACAAAGAGAAAAACAAGCGACAAAGUCAACUACUAGACGCUGUUUUCAAGAAACCGCAUGUCGUGCUAUACAAUGCAGGUUUGUUCACUUCUAAUUCUCAUAUGUCAACCAUCCAUAAAGAUCUUCAUCCUGAGCAGCAAGUGUGGAGCUACAGGGUGGAGCAGGAGGAACUAGAGGCUCCUCACACAAAAAAGGAAACACUAGAGCGACCCCUCAUUAAAGAGGGGGUAGAGGAGACAGAGCUACCGAACAUUAAAGAAGAAGCUCCAUUGCCUCUUCACAUUAAAGAAGAGGAGGCGGAGGAAGAUAUCAACAACUUUCCACUGGAAGUCAUUGUGAAGAGUGAAGAUGAUGAUGAAGAAAAAAAUGAUAGAGACCACUGUGGAGGAUCACAAGCAGACAAGCUCAUAGCUUCACUAUCCAAUCGUGCUGAUGUAUUGUCACACUCUCCCGACACUGAUGAUGAAGAUGAUGAGAUCCAAUGGAAGUGCUCGCAGUGUGGGAAAACAUUUGGUUCAAAGUGGGGUUUGAAAGUACACAUAAGAAUACACACUGGAGAGAAACCUUUUUCUUGUUCACUCUGUGGUAAAAUAUUCACUCAGAAAGCACACUUGAUAGCACACACAAGAACACACACUGGAGAGAAAGCCUUUGUUUGUUCAGUCUGCUCGGUAAGUUUCAGUGAACGUUCAAACUUGGGGAAACACAUGAGAACGCACACUGGAGAGAAACCUUUUGCCUGUUUAAUUUGCGGUAAAAGAUUCUCUAUAAAGGGACAUUUAAGGGCACACACAAGAACACACACUGGAGAGAAACCUUUUGACUGUUCAGUUUGUGGUAAACAAUUUGCCCGGAAGGCACAUCUGAACAUACACGCAAGAAGACAUACUGGUGAUAAACCUUUCGCCUGCUCAGUUUGUGAGAGACGAUUCGCUCGUAAGGCUCAUCUAAACAUUCAUACGAGAACGCACACCGGAGAAAAACCUUUUGCCUGCUCGGUCUGCACCGUAAGUUUCAGUGAACGAUCAAAUUUGGUUAAACACAUGAGAACACAUACUGGUGAGAAACCAUACAGCUGCAGUGCGUGUGAUAAAAACUUUUCUCAAAAGUAUCUGGUUACGAAACACCAGUGUGCUGGUGAAAAGAGCUGUGGUAAAUGAAGCUGCUGGACUUCAAUUACACUGUAAACCUCUAAUUCUAAGUGUUUGUUUUGUUUGUAAAAUUUUAUUUGUGCCAUCAAUUGCAAGACAAGUAGUCAAAAUGUAAUAACCCUAACCCAUGAUUGAGCGGCAUUAUUUAAAUCUGUGAACUUUUAAAUGAUCUCCAUGUGAUGCAAGAAAUACUACAAAUCAUUGUUCUUCAACUGCUGUGCACAAUUAUAUUAAAGGUGAAGUAGUUAUCAAUUAUCAAAAAUAUUCAUUAUAAAUUACAUUGAUUAAAAAUGGACAAAAUGCAAAAUCAAAUAAACACAAUUAA